UCCGGUCACGUCUGAAACACCGGAAGUUACACAUGCUAGCAAGGGAUAUUGCUCAUACAAAAAUGCGAUUCUCUCUAUUUCAUUCGUCGUGCUUCUCGUACAGUUAUCUUUAAGGAAAGUAGACAGUGUACAUUAAGUCGAGUUACUGCAAAUUGAUGGACAAAGACAAGAGUAACGACACUCCUGACCAAAGCAAUUGGAUGGAGAUGCACCAGUUUAUCGGCGACCUCCUGAUGUCUGGGAGCUCCUCAAAGGAGCAGCCCGACGUCAUGAACGUGUGGAGCUUGUUAAGUGGGGACACGCUCCAACAAGCCCGACCGAUGCACGACAAGACCGAGGCGGCGCUGAGGAAAAACACGACCAGAGACGAUAUGCGCCAUGUCUGCACCUGCCCUGGCUGCCCUUUCUCAUCUCCCAGAGCUUCGUCUUUACUUCCAUGCUCGGAGACUCGAAAAGAGCAAGGCACCUCCUCCGCCUCCACCUCCACCAGUGCUCCUCUCCCACUGAGUUCGCAUGACGGCUGCCCUGAACCUGGCAGCUCAUCUGAGAGCAGGCCAAACCCGGAAACUCCGCCAUGCCGACUAGCCUCCUUGAGCCAGUUAGCCUCCGUAUUCCCUUGCUCUGCCUUCUGCCAUACGCACCACCACUUCCACCACCGCCACUGCCCUAUAAGCACGUGCCUGGCAUACCCACAAUCUCCCUUCCCCUGCCUGGCAUCUUUGCAGGCCCGCCUGAACCAUCGCGCGCCGGAGGAGCGCAGCCGCCCGCCGACGGCCCCCUUGUCCCACCUCUGCAUGCACUGCCCGGCGUCCUUCUCCAGACCCUCGCAGCUGCUGCAGCACCAGCGUGCCGAGCAUGCCCAAAAGUCUUCCGGCUUCCUGUGCACGGAGUGUGGACGCACCUUCAACUCUCACAGCAACCUACGUAUCCACCUCCAUGUGCACACUGGCGCCCGACCAUACACCUGCUCUGAGUGCGGCAAGGGGUUCAGCCAGUCGGGCGCUCUGAAGAUCCACAAACGAAUCCAUACGGGCGAGAGACCGUACUCCUGUGGCUUCUGCGGGAGGGGUUUUCCCCACCUGGCAGGAGUCCGAGCUCAUCAGAGGAUCCACACAGGGGAGAAACCUUACCGCUGCAGCCAGUGCGGCAAGUGCUUUACCCAAUCAGGAGCCCUCAAGAUUCACAUACGCAUCCACACCGGCGAGCGGCCGUUCAUCUGUAACAUCUGUGGAAAAGCCUUCUCCAACCGCUCGGGCAUCCGUUUCCACAACCAAACAGUCCACGGUCUGACCCCGGAGCAGGCAGGGCCCACGGGGGCCACGCUCGGGCGUCCUCGCACUUAUCCGCCCGCUAAUCUGAGCACUCCUCACAACCCUGACGGCAAUGCUCCGUCGGAGACUGGCAGUCUGUCUGGAUUCGCAUUGCUUGGUGGGACCGCUGGCAAGGGUCCGACGGAGAGAGAUAGCACAAGGCUGAUUUACGCGUGCGAGGACUGUGGCCUGCGUUUUAAAGACGCACCUUCACGGAACAGACACCAGACUGUGGCACACUACUCUGCAGAGGAGGGGGCUCCCAAAGACGGAAGCACAAAUGAGGGUAUCAGUCAUGACAGUGGAGACUAAGUUUUGCAUUCAAGGUACAACUCCAAAUUGUUGCCAAAUGACAUUUGUUACAAAAAAAAACAAAGUAUUGCUGAUAGUUAUGCAGCAAACCUGAAAUAAAUGUAUGAUUGCUUCAUAUUAUCACAUCCAACAAAUUGCUGAAUAGUUUUGAAAUCGGAAGCCAGUAAAAACAGUUUGAUGGUGACAAAAAUGGUUAUAAUAUCUGAAUGUUUUAAAUCUGAAAACAAUUUGCGCUUUUGGUAUUUUAGCAAAAAACAUGAGGUCAACGCACAUACUGUAAUUUGCUUUUGCGGGCUGCAUAAAGUCACAUGGUGGGCCAGAUCUGGCCCCCGGGCUUUGAGUUUGACACCAGUUCUCUAGUGGUAAUCAAAACCGUCACUGAAUUGAAUAUUCAAACUGUGCACAAUGUGAUUGAAAUCCAGCACAGUGGAUUUGGCAGGUACAGUCCAGUUGAUUUCAACUUUUGAGUGCAAUACAUUGCCAUUUAAUCAUUUAGAAAUAUUGUCUUCAUACUUAUUGUGCUCAAAAUCAUACUCAACUUUAAUGUGGAAUACUUUUUAAUGUAUUAUUUAAGCAUGUAUCCCUUUUUUAUUUAAACACAGUAUUAACGCGCAAAAUGUGCAUGUUACAGUAUCUUACGGUAAUAUUAAAUAUUGUUAUUUUAGGAAUAAAACCUAUAUCUUGCUUUUGAUUAGUACUCAGCCAUUCUACACGAUGUUGUAGAAUUGUCAACAUCAUGGUAAUUGGAGAGCAAAGCUUUAUUUAUUUUUGUGAUACUUGGUGUGAAAAAUGUGAGAACCACUCGUUCAAUGUUUGGCCUUUGUGCGCUGUUAAAUUGCGGUGGUGGGGGGGGGGGUGUUCAUGGAGUUUUACAGUAUUAUUGUGGUAAAAGUGAGCCUCGUUUUCAACCUUUUAUUGAAUGCAGGCAUAACAGUGAAACAUACAGUACAUGUGAGCUAUUAGCCACAGCUCACACCCAAACGCUCGAAUGAAGACUUGCCAAUGCAUACCUGUCAACUCAUACGGUUUAGCCAUAGUUCAUACGGAUUUUCUGGUGAAUCUUACGUAUAUGGCCGUAUCGCACAAAUCAUACGGAUUCUGAAAAUUUCCGUUUUUUUUUCACCAACUCCAAAUUAUUUGGAGUUGGUGAAAAAAGUAACGCAGGAAUACAACUCUGAACACAGUAAUGCCACUAAGUAGAAUGACGAUUAGACAUUAACCAGACAUUCUAUUAUGGAGAUCUACAAUAAAUAUGAUUGAAAAUUAUGUGGGGGGUUUUCUGCCGUUAUUUUGACAUAUAAAAUGCUUUGGUAUGUUAUAAGGAUUUUUUUGCUCUUUAUAAGGAUUUUUUUUUGCUAAUUUAUGCAGGUUGGCGCUCCGAAAAGUUGACAGGUAUGCCAAUGUCACAUGCCACCCACCAAGUCCCGCCUCUUAAUUUAUUCAAUCCCAGCCAUUUGCAAUGGAGAAACCCCCUCAAUCCCAGCGUUUUACCGGAUUUUGACUGAUCCUGCAAGGCCCCCAGAAUAUUUGGUUCUUAUGCCAUAUAAACAUGGAGCCUACCAAAAUAAAGUUUGGACUCUCUUCUUUCAGCAGGAAAAAUGUUUCUACUAUCUUUUUCGAUUCUUCAGCAAUCACUAUUACAAAAUGGCUACGUUUCAUGAAAAUUGCGAUUCCUAGGCAAAAAACAGAAAAAGAGCUUUUUGUAAAAGCAUGCAUUUCAAUCACAUGAGGCACCACUGCCACCUACUGGUCGCUUUUUUCCCAACAGACCCUCCUUCUCUGACACAAAAAAAGACUUAGACGUACAAGUAGUCCUUGGUAGGCGGGACCUAAUUUUAAAAAGACGUACAAGUAUGUCUUGUGGAAUGAAAGAGUUAAAGCUACAUGCCUUUAUAGUGUUUAACAAAAAUUACAAUAUGUAUUGUAUUUCCUGUUAUGUUUGCAUUUUUCAUUGUAUUCAAAUAUGUUCAUAUUGUGUUUUAGUAAGGUUAAACGUGUUGUUCGUUUUUUUUAUAGGCUCAAAUUUUAGCCAAUUGCAAGUGGGUCUGGGAUGCCUCCGAUAUGAUAAACAAGGUUCACUGUACAGUAUUCAGUUCAGUUUAUGUAAAAAAAAAAAGGGGGGAUUAGAUGGGUGGAGAAAACCUUGUUAAACCAUUUUAAAAAUGAACAUUUUCAGAACACAUUUUCCUCCCAUAGUGAC